UUACAAAAUAGAAACGUUUGAUAUCUUAAACAACAAUACGAAAUAUAUAAAGAAAAAAAUUCAUACUCGUGCAUAUCAUUUGAUUCUUGUUAGACGAUAACAAGGUAGGUUUUCCAUCUUUUAUGCCAUUAUGUAGAUUUUUGCUUGUACGGAUGAAUAGACAGUAACUGUUAGCUAUCACUUUUCGGAUUUGGUAAUCUUUCUUUUUUUAAAUUUGGAAUUCUUCACAUUUGGUUUUUUCUUUAGCUACCUCCACUAACAUGUCGGAUAGUAGUAAAUUUGAUUCCCUCGUGAAAAGCUUAUAUAACGAGAAUUUAGUUUGAACCAUCUGAAACAUUAUGUACUCAGACUUGUAAAAAAAUUGGGCGAGGCUUGGUAAUUUUUCAAUUCGUAGAAUAAUGGGACUUUGCAUAAGAUUGUGGAUUUUCGGUUUCCAAAAACAUGAUUAUAUAGUUAUUGAUGAUUCACGAAUUCAUGAUAAAGAUAUAAGAUAUUUGAAAAAAAUGAUUCAAGAUAGGAUACUUGUCCCUAAUAGAAAAAUGAUCGCAAAGCUCCUUUUAUUCACCGUGGGGCUCUUGUACGUGGAAGCCCAGAUACAGAACAGUUGCGAGUUAAUCGAAUGGACCGGUGGACACUUCGACUGGCCAAAUGAGGCUACAAAGAGCAUCUACAGAUCGUCUGGCCGCUACAUCCCCAGAAAUGUGAUUGCUACCAGAGCCCAAAUCUACAGAGACUGAAGUAUUUGUGGCUCUUCCCAGGUACAGACCUGGAGUCCCUGCCACUUUGGCAAGAGUAAACCUUAGAGCGCAACGCGGAUGCGAAGCAGUCCUUGAGCCAUACCCGUGCUGGGCAGCUCAAGAAGAAGGCGACAGCACCGCUCUACAGUCUGUUGUAGAUAUCUACCUAGAUGAAAACCAAAUCCUGUGGGUGCUUGAUACCGGAGUGGUCAACUCUCUGGAUUGCCCAAUCCGUAAGGCAGCACCUAAGGUCGUUGGUAUCAACAUCCUCACCCAGAAGAAGGUCAAGACAGUAGAUCUGUGCGGUCUGGUAGUUCCUGCUUCUAGAUUGCAAUAUGUCGUGACUGAGUACGCUCCUGACGGUAGACCUUUCGUUUACGUAAGUGAUGCUGCCACUCGCUCAAUCCUGGUAUUCGAUGUAGCUGGCAACAAAGGAUACCGAGUCGUCCUUCCAAACGCAGUAGCUGGAAGUAGGAGAGACGUCUUGUACAUCGCUCUGAUCCGCAAACCUUUAUCCAAUUUCUUGCUCAUCACCUACCUGUCUGGAUCCAGGUUCUUCCAGAUUAAGACCGACUUCUUAAGAGCGGGUUGUGCUGCUGGCAAAAUCCAAGACAUCGGAGCCAAGGGAUCCAAACUGGUUGUCCUGGGUACCGACAACGGGUCAGCUCUAUUCUUCAGAUACGAAGGCAGUCCAGAAGUCUACAGAUGGGAAGUUGGAACCAUCCUUAAAUCAUCUCAAGUGGUGUACAAGUCCCCAGAAAACUACCUGACCACCCAGGCAUUCCCAGAUGUUUCCAGGAAAAGGAUUCGUGUCCUGGAGAGCAACUUCCAGGACUUCUUGAAGAACACCGUAGGCUGUGGAGCUUCCCAAAGAGUAGCAAUUAUGAUCAGCAACCUUCCUCAACCUCAUGCUACCUGUUAAAUACAAUAAACGAGCUUUUUAAGUUUCAUUCUCUGUUUUAAUGCAAUACCCAACACAAUCAAAGAAUCCCAAACUAAAUUUUCUUGGAUCUGAAGGUCUUAUUUGAACCUGAUAUUGAAAUUAUUACAUAGUAUUACAGAGUGUUGGCGAAAAAGUGGUGGGCAAAUCCACGUGCUAAAAUGAAGGAAUCAAUAGCAAGGCUUGUUAUCAAAGAAUCUGUUAACAAUGAUUGUAGCUGGAUUGACGAGGGAGCGGUGGGGAUAGAGAUACCGAUUCGCCUUCCCAAACGCUGUCGCUGGAAGCAAGAGAGACGUUUUGUACAUAGCUCCAAUCCGCAGGCCUACAUCCAACUUCUUUCUGACCACCUACUUGUCUGGACUCAGAUUAAGACCGACUUCUUAAGAGCGGAUUGCGCUGACGGCAAAAUCCAAGGCAUCGGGGCGAAGGGACCCAAACUGGUUGUCCUGGGUACCGACAAUGGGUCAGUUCUAUUCUUCAGACAUGAAGACAGUCCAGAUGUCUACAGAUGGGACAUUGGAGCCAUCCUAAAAUCAUGUCAAGUGGUGUACCAGUCCCCAGAAAACUACCUGACC